AUGUCGGAAUCUACUCCUAAACCGCAAGUGAUCGUAACCCCAGAAUACGAAUCUCAGAUCCCGCAUGUCAUACUCUGCGCCAAACAAAGCGGUCUGGAGAUCAGAACUCGAAGUGGCGGCCAUGACAUGGAGGGACUGUCCUAUGUCUCACAAGUCCCAUUCGUGAUAAUUGAUUUGAUCAAUCUCAGCGAAGUCACGGUCGACAUUGACGCGAAAACGGCCUGGAUUGAAGCGGGCGCCACCACCGGUAUCGUAUACUACAGGAUCGCCGAAAAGAGCUCCACUCUAGGAUUUCCUGGGGCUAUAUGCGUAACGGUCGGUGUAGGCGGGCACUACAGUGCAGGAGGCUACGGCUCAAUGCUGAGAAAAUACGGACUAGCAGGAGAUAACGUUAUUGAUGCAAGAAUAAUCAACGCGAACGGAACAAUUCUUGACAGGGCAUCAAUGGGCGAGGAUCUGUUCUGGGCAAUCACAGGCGGCGGAGGUGGCAGUUUCGGCGUGAUCACUGCCUGGAGGGUACAACUGGUGGAUGUUCCAGAAACAGUCACUGUUUUCUCAAUCACCAGAAGCGUGGAAGAACAGAACGGCACUGGACUCUGGCACCGCUGGCAAUAUGUUGCGCCUCAAGCCGACAAUGAUUUAUUCGUUGGAGUCAUCGUUUUCAGGGUGAACACGACCGUCCUCGUUAACUUCUUCUCGGUGUACCAAGGUGGCGCUGACGCAUUAGUUUCGUACAUGCAAGAAAUCUUCCCUGAGUUAGGACUAGUGAGAGAAGACUGCACGGAAAUGAGCUGGAUCCAAUCGACCUUAUUUAGCAACCAAAUGCCGAUCGAUCCACUAGAUACUCUUCUCAACCGGACUCAAGCUGGUAUCAGACAGCUCAAAGCCAAAUCCGACUAUGUCCGAACACCGGUUCCUUUGGACGCGAUUGAAGGUAUGGUGACUAUGUUACGUGAACCGGAAGCAGACGAGACUAUUUACUACAUGGUGCCGUAUGGUGGAAGAAUGGAUGAAAUACCUGAAUCGCAGACUCCAUUUCCUCACAGAGCCGGUGCACUCUACAAACUAGCCGGCCUAACUUACUGGCAAGACUCCGAGGCUGCGGACACGGACAGUUACAUAAGCUGGAGCCGAAGGUAUUACGAAUACAUGACUCCUUAUGUGUCAAGCUCGCCCAGGGAAGCGUAUCUCAACUACAGAGAUCUCGACCUUGGAGUGAAUAACAUUGUUGGUGAGACGAGUUAUGAACAAGCUAGUAUUUGGGGGAAGCCGUAUUACAAGGAUAAUUUCGAUCGUCUUGUUCAGGUGAAAACCGCCGUUGAUCCGGACAAUUUCUUCAAGUACGAACAAAGCAUUCCGCCGGUAUCGACUUAUGUUGCGGAUAUUUAA